AUGAAGCUUCUCCUUACUUUUUCCGCCGUCGCCGUCGUCUUUGUCUCUGCAAACUACGGCAAUAACUACGUUUUUUCUAAUCAGAAAUCAAAAGUUUUCAAAUUAAAAUUUUCAGUACGAGGAAGGUUAUGACGCCAUUGGAGAACCUGAGGAGGAGUUCGGUAGAAAAUUGGAGUUGAAAAUCAUUCAAUAUCACACAAUUUCAGCAAAAUGUCACAGACUAAAGCGGUUCACGGUAACUUCCCAAGUGAACAGCAAAGUUCCUAGCGUCGACUAUUCUCAAGCUCCCAGUUUCAAGUACAUCUUUUCAAAAAUCAAAACAGUUGAUGUGCAUCUUAGUUUUGAGACUGACAGUUUCUCACUACCUUAAGAAAUAGUCCUUAUUUCGCAAAUGACUAUUAUUUUGAAUUUCAGGUACCUGGAAAGCGAGAAGAAUAAGCACUCAUACGCGAUCGUCGAGUGUCCAAGAGGAGGACUCUAUGCUCUAAUCGGCGAGAAAAAAGGCUUCACCUCGGAUCCGACCUUGAUUCCCGACGCCGUACUGCUCGCCGUCGGAGACAAUAUAUCUCACUAUUUCAAGUGCAACCACCAUGGAAAGUAGGAAAUUUAUUCCUUCCUAAGAUUACGAGAAGUUCAUUUCAGAGUUCAUGGCAGAGAUGUUGUAAUCCACGCGAAAAAGUCUAUCAGACGUUUUACCUGCUUCAAAGUUGAUGCAAGUCAGUUUUCUGCAAGGAGACCAGAAGACAAAAACAAUUAUUUUCAGCCUUGCUGGAUGCGCUUCAGAAAAAAGGCUUCGCCAAGCCAUUUGACAACAAAUAA